CUCAUGGCCUGGGGGACUGGCGUCGCUAGGUCCUUCAGAAGGACCGUCUCAGCGAUCACUGUCCCACUUGGCACAAUCAGAAGCUGCCAGCAGCGCACCAUAAGGAAACAUCCUCGAUAUUGUUCCUCUUCGAGUGUGGCAGGCAACGCGUUGUCCAGAUUCUGGCAGGACAGUGGCCAAUCGACCAGUCCCAUGUCGUUACAAAUUUGAAGAAUUUGAAGUCAGUUGUCUGUGCAUUUACAGCCAACAGAUGAUAUGACCUUAUGGCAAAACCAGAGGAGCCUCUGUAUGAUUUCCCAGAGCCGACCCAGGAGUCAGAGCACAAGUUUGCAGGCCACCAGCGAGGAGGGUCUCUGCGUAACGUCAGCGUCCUGGACCGACUCUUGUUGACAGUGCCCGUCUGGCUGCAAUUGUCAAUCAACCCUGCCACCGCCCUGCACAUCCUGCAGAGAGAGCCUCCUGGGACCUUCCUGGUCCGAAAGUCUCGCACAUCCCAGACUAAUGUGCUUUGUGUGCGCCUGGUGGAUGACAGCGUGCCGUCAUUUGUGCAGCAGUUUGGCAUCAGGGAGGAACAUUCAACUCUCUCCCUGGAGACAUCAGCGAUCAGCUUUCCAGACCUCCCGAGACUUGUUUCAUUCUAUUGUGUCAGCAGAGAUGUCUUACCCUUCCCUCUGGAGCUUCCCGAGGCCAUUGCUAAAGCAACUUCCCACAAAGAGCUUGAGUCUAUCUCUCACAUGGGAAUAGAAUUCUGGAGCUCGCACCUCAACGUCCGGGGGCCACGGGAGCCCCCGAAGACCCAGAUGAACAAGGAGCCAACGCCAAACUCCUCAGUUUCUGCUGCUAAUCCACAAACAGCCUCUUCAGCUCCGCCUGCUACACAGACCGACUCAGCCAACCAGACAACUAACUCUGAAUGUGACCAAAAAUCAGACCCGAAUUCUGCCCUUUUCCGCGAGUUUUGUCCAAUUGAGACGCGCAGCCCCAGGGAGCUAGACUGUGGUUUGGGCCUCGGUGCGCUCUGCUUCAUCAACCCUCUUUUCCUGCAGUCUGACAGUAUCCUGUCUAAGAGACGCCUGAUGAAACGCAGCUUCAAGGUGCGGGUAUCCACUGAGACAUCCACCCUAAUGUUGCCCCCACUUGCUCCGCCGCCCCCACCACCUCUUAUGCCCAAGACUAGUAGAAGGUGUAAAGCCUGGAAGAAGACUACACCCGCAUCCAAGGACUCCCAGUCAUCACACCCCUCAUCUGUAAUGGAGGAGGAAGUAAAAGCCCAACUCCCAUCACUGAUGGAGCAUACAUCUGAUGACCUGGACUACAUGAAGCCAUCCUCAGCCAUCACAUCUUCGGUAUCUCCUGGUCCAGAUGAUUCAGCUCCGCCUCUUCCCCCUAAAUUGUCUCCUUGCUCCCAUAACCCCCCCACAGCUUCACCACCACCACCCUCGCAAUAUCAAUACCCAUCUCUUUCACCAAGAGCUCCCUUCACACUCUCUGCUUCCCCCUAUCAGUCACCAUCUUUCUCCCCGAAGGUGCCCUUCUCUCUCUCACCCUUCUUUUCCAAUUCCUUGGCUCAGCUGGUAGAAACCAGUCAAACACCGGAGGAUGAGUUCAGGGAGGAAGAGGGAGUACCAGUAAAUCAGGAUAAUGGAGUAGAGGAUUUACGCAAAGAAAUGGAGGUUGCCUUACUGGAUGACACAGAAAGCUGUGGUUCCUGAUAAUUAAAAUACAGUACCUAUGCAUCUGGGAUAAAAGAGAAAGUUGUUUUGACUUAAGAAACAAAACCAAAGAUGAAUAAGAACACAACAACUUCACGAACAAACAAGUGACAAGCCAAGACUGACUCCAUAUUUGCAGUUCUGAGUUUUUUUUAAAUUUGGUUUUAGAAUGGUUCUGAUGCAGUUCUAGACAGGGUCUUUUUGUGGUUUUCCAUUGUUUCCUGGCUGCUUCCGACUGGUACUUGAUAUGGUUUCUGCAAGUUCUUGACUGUUUCUUGACUGCUUCAUGAUUGAAAUUGACAUGGUCUUUGACUGGUUCAGACUUCAUUCCUAGCUUGUAUCUUGAUUCAAGGUACUUUUGAAUGUGAUUCUUGUAUCGCUUCUGGACAAAGCGCUUCUGGUAAAACAAACAUAAUAAACUCGCUAUUUGUACUGUUAGGACUUUUGUAUACAUCUUUGUACUGGACAUCUGAUAAAGUGUUCAAUGUUCGCCAUCAAAUAGAGCAAAGAUUACAGGCAUGUUAGCACAAAGUCAGCGUUUUUUUCCUUUUAAGUUUAGCUUAUUUUUCUUUUGGUUUUCUAUGAUAGCCGCCUCCUUCAUCUGCAGUUGUAUGAAUGGAUUUGAACAUUACCAGAAAUUUAAUGAAGAACUGAAAUUGCCUGCAAAAUAUCAAGAUCUAACCCUAUCAAGAAUAAACUUGGUACUUACAGAGUGUAGACGUAAUAUAUGCUUCCAAA